AAAGACAAUAUCGCGCAUUUACACAGACAUACAGUGUAUACCCGGGGGAGAGAGAUUCCAUAUAUAUAUACGACCUGGAAGAGGGAAACCGAAAACGUGUGAACAGACAAUAUCACGCAUCUGCACAGACAUACCGUGUAUACACGGAGGGGGGGAGAGCGAGAGAGAGCUGGGAUCCUAGAAUCUACUAUAGCCAAACGUUCGUUGUCCUUUAUUCCUUUCUCCCACAAUGAAAAACCGUUAAUCUUUCAAAAUUCAAUCCUCUCUCCCUCAAUGGGAGGCUUCUGUUCCAAAUUCCGCUGGUGGUCCUUCCUCAAACACGCCACCGUCAAAUCCUCCGAUAUCGAAAGUGGGGGAAAAGCGUCUAAGGACUCCCUGCCAGGUUUCGGCGAAUACAGCUUUGAAGAGCUGAAUGUUGCCACGUCGUCAUUCUCGGCGGAGCACAUUGUCUCCGAGGACGGUGAGAAAGCGGCGAACAUCGUCUAUAAAGGAAUUCUCAAAGACGGCUUUAAGAUCGCCGUUAAAAGAUUCGACCAAUCGGCAUGGCCCGAUUCUCAGCAAUUCUUGGAGGAGGCGAGAUCAGUUGGUCAGCUCCGCAAUGAGAGAUUGCUGGUGAAUCUGAUUGGAUGUUGCUCCAAGGGCGAAGAGAGAUUGCUUGUGGCGGAAUUCAUGCCGAACAAGAACCUCACGAAACACCUAUUCCAUUGGGAAACACAACCUAUGAAAUGGGCGAUGAGGCUGAGAGUGGCUUUUUAUGUGGCACAAGCAUUGGAGUUUUGUGGCAGUAAAGGGCGGGGUCUUUAUCAUGAUCUAAAUGCUUAUAGGGUUUUGUUCGACCAGGAUGGUAAUCCCAGGCUCUCGUGCUUUGGCCUCAUGAAGAAUAGUCGAGAUGGGAAAAGUUAUAGUACAAACUUGGCUUUCACCCCUCCAGAGUACUCAAUGACAGGGAAUGUAACUCCAGAAAGUGUGGUCUAUAGCUUUGGCACUGUGUUGUUUGAGCUUCUUAGUGGCAAACACAUUCCCCCGAGCCAAGCACUUGACCUCAUACAGGGCAAGAAUUUCCUGACAUUCAUGGAGUCCUGUUUGGAGGGUCAUUUCUCCAAUGAUGACGGUACUGAAUUGGUGCAGCUAGCUUCUCGCUGUUUGCAGCAUGAACCUGCUGAGAGGCCAAACAUGAAGACACUAGUCACUGUUCUUGCUUCGCUUCAAAAAGAAAAAGCAGCCCCUUCGCAUGUUUUGCUUGGGAUUCAACACGGAACUGCAUCCUCAAAGCAGCCAUUGCCUUUAACCCCUUUCGGUGAAGCUUCCUCUAGAGGGGAUCUAACUGCAAUGCAUGAAAUCCUUCUCAAGGUUGGGUACAAGGAUGAUGAGGGGAUAACCAAUGAGCUCUCCUUUCAAAUGUGGACGAACCAAAUUCAGGAGACAUUGGAUUCGAAAAAACAUGGAGAUGAUGUCUUCCGAACGAAAGACUUCAAAGCUGCUAUUGAUUGCUACACAAAGUUCAUUGAUAGUGGGGUGAUGGUGUCUCCAACCAUAUUUGCCCGCCGCUCCUUAUCAUACCUAAUGAGUGACAUGCUGCAAGAAGCCCUUGGUGAUGCAUUGCAAGCCCAUGUGGUGUCCCCGGAGUGGCCGACAGCCCUUUAUCUUCAAGCAGCUGCCCUUUUCAGACUCGGAAUGGAUAGCGAUGCUCGACAAACACUCCAGGAUGGCACUGCCUUGGAAUCCAAAAACAAUGUAUAGGUUUUACUCUUCUUCUUUUUUUUCACACUUGUAUCUAUUGUUCUUCUUUUUUCUCUUUUGAAUUUUGUGAUUGAAUUUUAUUUUAUUUAUUGUAAUUCUUAUUCUUAUU